GAGAAUCUGCUUUGUUCAACCUCCAUCAAGACUAUUCAUGUGUGUUUAUUAUGAAAUGCUGCUGGUAAUCUUAUGAAACCAGCAGCAGAACAUCUGAUUGGAUAAACAUGUCCAGAGUGAACCGUGAGCCUCAGUGUUACUGCUCUGACGUGAUGCAGUGGGUUCUCCGGGCUUUUUAUCUUCAGCGGGAGGGUUAGGGUUCCUGUAUAAUGCAGUUUUACCGUAUUUACUUCUAAAAGCUGACCAACAAGAAGCUUCAUUUCUUAUUCUUCUAAUUUAAAAAGACGUGUUGGUUUAGGUCUAAUUCAUCAUCGACAAUCAUAAUCUCUUAGGACCUUUGACCUUUCAAGUAUGGCACAUGAAAUGAUAGUCAGAAAACUAUUUUGUAAGAAGGAACCAUUUAUUGAAUAACAAUACAAGUUUAUAAACUGCUGAUAUGCAAUUGUUCAGAAAUGUUAGGUACUUUUGGUACUUUGUACUGUUAGAGGAGCUGAUAGAAAUAGGUCUGUUAGAUCUGAUACAUCUGUUCUUAUGGUGUUAAAUAAAUAAAUAAUUAGAGAUGCUCACCUAUCCAGCAGACCUUUUGUUGUAUUACUUGUUAGGGAAGUCAGACUAGGCUGCAUCAGAAUCAGGCUAUGGUCCAGCUGACACAAAAGGAAGGUACCUGUACAGAAACCCUCACUGAUUGGUCUAGUUUUGCAGGAAGAGGAACAAUAGGUCCAUCUGUUAACUGAUGGCUUUGGUUCUUGUGCUCGUCACCCCAUCAGUCCCAUCUAUGACCACUGUUGCUGCCUGUCCAACCCAGUCUUCAGUCAGUGUUUAAAAGAUGGGUUCCACUAACAAAAGAUUGGUAGAUGUUUCUCGUGUUGAUGACGUGACCCUUCUGAGUCCUUGUCUUCAUGCAGCAUCCAGAACUUCACAGCUGGGUCUAUCAACUUAGUCGAAGAGCUGCUCAGACUCCUAAGCAUCUCUCUAAUGAUAUUCUAGGACAUUGACUCAGACACAGAUCAUCUCUUAAGAUAACCAGUUAAAGCAGACAGUCAAAUAAGAGGAAAUGAGCUGCUGCUCUUAACUCUGAGCCUGAAACUGUGCAGAACCAGACCACAGGUAAGAGUGGGAAACUAUCACGUCACACAUUCUGGUAGAACCCAGCAUUGCCGGCAGUAAGGUGGGUUCGUUCCCAGGGAGAGUUGGACUCCGCCAAGGCUGCCCUUUGUCACUGAUUUUGUUCAUAACUUUUAUGGACAGGAUUUCUAAGCGCAGCCAAGGUGUGGAGGGGAGAACAAGGGGUGGAUGGGUAAAAAAGGUGCUACUGAAGUGUGUGUGAAUGGAUGAUUGGCAAACUUAUAACAUUUUGCAGAAACUGGAUGAUAAAGAUGUUUAACGGUAAAUGUUCCAAUGAAUAGAUUUUAAUUACUGUUGGAAAGUCAAGCAUCCAUGUGUGAUUAGAAGGAUCCCUGUCCUCUGCAUGCUGACACCAACAUUCUUACUUUUUUAUAGCAACAAUUUCAAAUAGUUUCUUCAACAGUCAGUUUGUAAAAAUGUCUUUAAGCAGCACUUGUGUUUGAGAGCCAGAACAGCCCCUGCAGCAUCUGAGAUAGCUGAUGGAAUUAUCUUGUACAGGUAGACUUUCUCAGGGGGCAUUUCCUUCCUCAUCUCUCGUCUCUGCUAAAGACACAAUCCGUUAUGUAAUCCUGUGAUCGGCACGCAGACAUCACCUUCCCCACGAGAGGGUUUGCCUCUCUGAGGUUUGGCUGUUGUGUCUGUGUUUUAAUCUCAGCCUGGAGGUGUUGUGCUUCCAGACCCCAGCAGGUGUCCAGACGUGUGCUGAAUACUGAUUGGCUUUUCAGAGACGAUUAGCGAUGUCUUCACUGGUAACAGCUGCAUUACAGUGAAUGAAUACUUUUGACGGAGAGAUAAACAGGAACGGGAUCACAACAAAGUGUUCGUAUUCUAUCAAGAGAAUAACAUUGAACCUGCGUAUUUGUGUCUUGCAGAACCUGAUGACUAUCAGCCACCCAUAUGGAAGUCCUACUUGUACCAGCUGCAGCAGGAAGCCCCAAGACCAAAGAGGGUCACGUGUCCUCAGGAGCUGAUUUUUCUUCGUCUGGUUUACAGAUGGAGAGCAGACCCAAGUACUACGGCAGAGAAUUUCAUGGUGUGAUUUCACGAGGUCAUGCAGACGAGUUGCUGGCAGGAACAGAGGCAGCUUACCUCAUCAGGGAGAGCCAAAGACAGCCAGGGACACACACCUUGGCUUUAAGGUUUGGACACCAGACGCUGAACUACAGGCUGUUUUAUGAUGGGAAGCACUUUGUUGGGGAGAAGAGAUUUGAGUCUGUGCAUGACCUGGUGACGGACGCCCUCAUAACGCUGUACAUCGAGACUAAGGCGGCGGAGUACAUAGCCAAAAUGACCACUAAUCCCAUCUACGAGCAUCUCGGUUACACGUCGCUGCUCAAAGACAAAACGGUGCAUCGACUGAGCCACGGACGCACGGAGCCGCGCAGGGUGACAUUUCAGAGAGACGAAAGGAUCUCCUCACCUCUGGUGCGACGGAUUGCCUUGAAAGACACACCUGAGAGGCAGAGUUCUUAUGAAAAAAUCCACAACUUCAAGGUGCACACGUUUCGAGGGCCGCACUGGUGCGAGUAUUGUGCCAACUUCAUGUGGGGUCUCAUUGCCCAGGGAGUCCGCUGCUCAGAUUGUGGGCUGAAUGUACACAAGCAGUGCUCCAAACUGGUUCCCAGUGACUGCCAGCCGGAUCUGCGCAGGAUCAAGAAGGUGUUCAGUUGUGAUCUCACCACGCUGGUCAAAGCUCACAACACCACGCGACCCAUGGUGGUGGACAUGUGCAUUCGGGAGAUAGAGCUGAGAGGUUUGAAGUCUGAAGGUCUCUACCGAGUGUCUGGCUUCUCCGAGCACAUAGAGGACGUGAGGCUUGCUUUUGAUCGAGACGGUGAGAAGGCGGACAUCAGUGCCAGUGCCUAUGCAGACAUCAACAUAAUUACUGGUGCUUUGAAGCUCUACUUGAGAGACCUCCCCAUUCCAGUCAUUACGUUUGACUUGUACUCUAAAUUCAUUCAAGCUGCAAAAAUUCCAAAUGCUGAAUCCCGACUGGAGGCCAUCCAUGAGGCGCUGCUACAGCUCCCCCCGGCACACUACGAAACCUUACGUUACCUGAUGGCUCACCUCAAGAGGGUGACAACGUUUGAAAGGGACAAUUUAAUGAAUGCGGAGAACCUGGGCAUCGUCUUUGGCCCGACUCUGAUGCAGCCGCCGGAGCAGAGCGCCCUGACCACGCUGAACGACAUGAGGCAGCAGAAACUGGUGGUGCAGCUCAUGGUCGAGCAUGAAGAUGUCUUGUUCUAAAGACACAAGACACAGUUAUUUAUUCAGUCAAAGGAGGACACUCAAGCCAAGUGGAGACUUCUGAGAGUUUGUGAUGAAACUGAACUUGAAACUUUUCUUUCUUGCACGAAGGUUUUAGUUGAAGCUUUUUGACAUCAUCUUGUUUCUGUGAGCUUUACAAACCUGUCCAUCACCUUGCAUUGGAAACAGGUGUAGAGUUUUUUAGCUCCACCCACUGAUCCCAGUGCAGUAAUCUGAAGACUGGUCCUACCUGGUGUAGGUGCAGUCAGAAGGAUGGUGCUGUGUGAAGCCUUUCAGCAGAAGCCUGGUGCUGAGUCACAAUUAAUCUUGUGAGCAAAACUCAAGAGAGACGAUGUGCAUCCUUUAAUUGUAAAUAUCCCGAGAUCACGUGUGUACAAAAAUGAAACAAAUGAAGCACUUUUUGCGUCUUGUUUAAAGAUAAAUGUUUAUUUUUAGUUUUGUUUUGUAUUUUCCCCUAAUAUUUCCUGAAGAAUGUUUGUAGAUUUAAUGAUAUGUGAGAGAAAAGGAGGUUUGGAGGAGCAAGAAGCUUCCCAUCCUAUCCAGAGUGGAAGUGCUUCCGUUUCAGCGCAUCUAUGUAAAAUAAAAUAUCACUGUCUUGUUUUGUAUUUUAUUUAAACUUUUUAAAUGCCAGUUACAUUACGCAGAGCAGCAGGAGUUAACUUUUGUGAACACCAACACCGUCCAGAGCCGCCAAAGUCGCUGCCUGUGCCAAGCAUGCUCCUUUAAUGUGAUGAUCGAGUCUUUUCUAAAGAUCUGUUUUGAUUAAAAUGUAUUUUUGUGAAAGUUGCAUUUGAAAAAUAAUUUAUGAAAUAAUGUUUUAGUAAAGAUUGAAAAUCCUGAGUUGAA